CCCAGUUGGCAGGAAUUUGGUUUCAAAACAAGAAGUAGAAAACGUGUAUUAUAGGGGUGGCUGUAGUCGGACAGCAUUAAAACAUCUUUCCUUUGGUUAAAAUGAAUUCAAAAGAGGUGAUCGAGCUUCAAAUAUCUGAGGUUGAUAUGUUGCAAAGUAUGUUUCCAGACGAGUUUUGUGUUGACGAUCCGAGUGCCAUUUCUGAAGCACGCAGUAUCGUGGACGGCGAGGACAGUGAACAUAAUUGUGGAGUUGUUUCAUUGCCACAGAUAACAUUCACAAUUAAAAUUAAGAUUGACACACCAGAGUGUAAUGUUCAAGUAAUUUGUGAACUUCCUCAGACCUAUCCAAAGGAUACCCCAGAAGUAUUAGUCCGAUCAGAUGCUCCUCCAUUUUCACGUCAAGAACAGAAAAGGUUAAAUGAUGACUUGGCAGAGCAUAUAUUGAGUCUUGAUCGUGGAGAGUUAGUCAUCGGGGAGGCUGUUCAGUGGAUUCAAGACAACUUCUGUAAAUAUGUGGCAACUGUUUCACCAUCUUCAUGUGAAGACAAUAACCUUCCUCAUACCACAACCCCAAAGCGUACAAAAGAAGAAGACACAUUUACAAGACUUUGGAUUCAUAGUCAUCACAUCUACAGCAAGAUUAAGAGACGACUUAUUUUAGACUGGGGUUCAGAGUUUCCUGUCACUGGAUUUUGCCUUCCGGGUAAGCCAGGCAUCAUUUGUAUUGAGGGUGAAAAAUGCUAUGCAGAAGAGUUCUGGAGUCUCCUUCGAAAGAUGACCUGGAAAAAGAUUUCUUGCAAACAUCGUGAAGAUUUUCCUCUUCGAGAUGAGAAAGGACAAUUAAAAGUACUUAAACUUUUCAAUGGAUUUGAUGAAAAAGCUUUUUCAGUUCGAGGUGGAAGAGAUUAUCACAUGGAUCUUGGACUUUUUUUUCAGUUUCUUGAGCAGCAUGAAUGUGGAUCAGUGUUUAAGAUAUUACUUGGUGUUGAUGGCAAAGUUUCAUCAAAGACAAACUAAGUUUAUACUCACCAAUAUAUGCCU